UGUUUGGAUGUACAUAAAAUGCGAGCCUAAUAAAAUCGGUGGUUGGAUGUCAAUUAAGAACCAUAUACCUAAUCCAUCUCUCGUCUCUCCCUUUAUAUAUACGCACACAACUUAUCAAAGUUGUCCCAUCUAACAAAAUUCUCUUGUUCUUAACCAUGGUGGUUAAUCAGAAGAUAUCCAGCCUUGCAUCCGCUAUGAACGCCAAGAUCAUCGGUUCUGGCGAGAAAUCGAUGGUCCUUGCACACGGUUUUGGAGGCGAUCAGUCGAUAUGGGACAAGAUGAUACCAGUCUUGUCCGAAUCUUUCAAAGUUUUGGUCUUUGACUGGCUUUUCUCUGGAACCGUUAAAGACCAAACUCUUUAUGACCCUUCAAAGUAUAACUCCUUUGAUGCCUUCUCUGACGAACUCAUUGCUCUUAUGGAGGAGUUGAAGUUUGGCCCCGUCGUGUUCGUAGGCCAUUCCAUGUCGGGGAUGAUCGGUUGUGCUGCUUCUAUUAAAAGACCCGACUUAUUUACAAAUCUUCUUCUUAUCGGUGCUUCUCCCAGGUACAUAAACUGUGAGGAUUACGAAGGAGGGUUUGAGUCAAAAGACAUCGACACGAUCAUCUCAAACAUUGAGUCCAACUACGAGGCAUGGGCGGUUGCUUUCUCAUCCAUUGUGGUCGACCCAAGAGACUCUGUCUCAGUCCAAAGGUUCGAAAAGUGCCUUAAGAAGAUGAAGCCCGAGACGGCUCUUGCCUUAGCUAAGAUAGUGUUUGGCAGCGACGAGAGAGAGCUUUUGGGACAAGUGUCAGUGCCUUGCCACGUCAUACAGACUGGAAACGACGUCGUUGUGCCUGUCUCCGUCGCAUACUUCAUGCAGGAGAAGAUUAAAGGGAAAUCGACGGUGGAGAUCAUCGAAGACGCGAUCGGGCAUUUCCCACAGAUGACAUCACAUUUGGAGCUGCUUGGAGUCAUGAGGCGUCUCCUCGAUUUUUAAGGCUCUGAAAUAUAAUUAUAUAAUGAGCUUUGCGUCGGUUGAUCAAAUAUUCUUCUUGUGUAUAAUAUCGUAUUACUAGUAUAUUGAAGUGUGUGUCCAUUAGUAUAUGUUUGAGUAAUAUGUAACGUGAUGGAUGUGUAAUUUUAUUGAUAGCACAAAGUAAUUGCCAUUACUAGAUCGUUUUAAAGAAAAUAUAUGGAGUUUAAGUGAAAGUUUUUUCUU